AUAACGAGGUUAUGGAACCGCUUGCUGCUCGUCGCUACUUGUGCUGCUGCUCGCCUGUUGGAACCACCGUGCGAUUUUUCGUUGUGCUUAUCUCACAUUAUUAGGACUAUUCGAUCUGGUAAUGUGUUAUGGCAUAUGUACAUCUGCUUUUCGAAUCGUUUUUCGCGUAACACGAGGUUUUUCAUCAUAAACCGUAUCCAAUUGCUAGACUAAACGUCACAUGGUAUCCAGGUAGACGACAAUUUGCAGGUAUAAUGAAUGCUAUAACGUAGAUUAUAUUAUGAUGACAUCAGUGAACUACGACAUGUCACUAAUCUUAUGGAAUGUAGGAGGGAACUAAUUAUUACAACAUUGAAACUGGUAGAUCAAUAGAAAGGAAACACUCCUGCACACAAAUCGCUUAGCUUUGAAAUAAUAUGGCACAAUAUUAUAACAUUGUGACCAAUCCUAGUGGUACAGUAACCCUUGAAGAGAUUCAACGAGUGUGCUCAGUGGAAGGACAGAACGUCCAGUUUGUUGUUGAGGAUUUCAACAACGGAUUAAAUGGUUCCCCGCAACUGCUCACAUACACUACUGCAGCUCCAACCAGUGAACAGGCAGUUUUUGGUCCACAGGCGAUUAAUAUCAGCGGGCAACUCCCUACAAAUCAUAUCGAUCACCGGCAAAACGUUUAUAUAAUUGAAACAAACGAAGUAUCGCAGUCUCACAACGUUAUAAAAAACACUGUCAGUGCUCAGUUAAUAGGGGAGAAUGUUGUUAAUGUGGAAAACAGAGGUUCUCCAAAGAUACCAUUGAAUAAUACAUUGCAAGGGCAGAGUAUGCAAUGGGUGCAAAUGCAAGAAAAUAAUAUUAAUUUUGACACAGUGUUGAAACAGAACACAUCGACUCCCGUCAAGACUCAAGUCUGCGGGCUUGUUAGGAAUCAAACACCAACCAACACUCAGCCUCACGUAUCGUUGAAUCUGCCAACACAACGCAUUCAAUCCGAACAACCUGGAUUAAUUCCAGUGACUAAGAAAUCACCUUCCCGUUUGUAUCAGAAUAAGAAUAAACAAUUGGUGGCUAAUGCAACAGCUGCAGCAGCGGCAGCAUCAGCGGCGGCAGCGGCAACAUCCUCAAAUUGUCCACAACACACUGGGAAUAUAGCUAAUCCACAAGAAGAUCGACUACUUAACACAAAUUUGGUAAAUAAUAGGAAUAUUAAUACUACAUUUCGUCCAAAAAUGUUUGUGGCGAACAGAUCAGAUGCAACGAAAACUCCAGGUAGACAAGUUCGGAAUGUAAUUCGCCAAGACACACCACUGCCAAGAAAUUCUGUACCUUUGCAAAUGCCCAAAAAUCAAAAUUCCCGAAAACUAACCGAAGAGGCAUAUCUGAGUGAGAGAGAGAAAGUUGCAAAGUUCAAAGAGCUUCAGAAAUCGCCAAUGGCAGUGUUACCACAGUUUCAAAGACAAAUACUUCAACAGAAUCUUCCACAAAAACAGCAACAAAUGGGAGCAAAUGUGACACACCACCAACGGCAACAAAUGUCAGCCACAAAUCAGCAACGAAGACAACAAAUAUCAAAUAAUUCUGCGCCAAGCCUCCAAAGCCCGCCAAACGCUGGACAACAGAGGCAGCAACAAAUGACUUUGACACCGCUGCAGCAGGCCCAACUCCAGAGGCAACCAAUGAUGAUGACACCUCAUCAGAAGCAACAACACCAACUUCAACCAUCUCCAGUUCAGCAGCAAAUGGAAGUUGAUUCACAAGAAUUUAAUAGCCAGGAACCUGCAAAAACGAGCCAGCAGCAGCAGCAGCAGCAGAGCUGUGGAUCACAAACAGAGAGUGAAUCUGCUUCUAGUCCCAGCCUUACAUUCGUACAGAAGCCCAUUGAUAAUCCUCAGACUUGCAUUGUUCAACGCCAGAUUAAUGGGAACACAGCAAAGAUGUUGGUUGUUUUACCAAAUGGAGAGCAAAGAUUAAUUACUUUUGACAUACCUAAUGAAGAAUGUACCGUACAUGAUCUAUUGGAGCAGGUAACUUAUACUGCAAACAUCCCGUUUGGUCCGGACACUAAUGUCUCUCUGGUGACGGACCAAACGUUUCAAAUAAAUUUUGUAGUCGAGGCUGGCCCAGGCACAUUUUUAGGUUCUGGUGAAGGUAGUGAACAAAGUGACAGUAAUCUAUCUCUGGAUAAGCUGGGCACAAGCCCUGGUGGUUCUUCACCUGUGUUCAGCCCUUCUGAGGAGAACAGCAACUCCUCACUUACACAACAUGAGGAACCCAAAUAUGUGGAUGGAAAGCUAGCAGUGUGUCAACACUGUGGCAUCAGUUCAAUUGAUUUCAAUCGAUGCCAGCGUUGUAAAACAAAACUUCCUGAGGAUGUUAAAAAUAUUCCCAUGACAAUAGCUUUGGAAGUUAAAAAGGAAAAUAUGCUAGCGAUUGAUGUAAGGACGUUUUACAAAAAAAGUAAUGAACAAAAUCGGCCGCUAAAAAUUGAUCGAGAUGGAUCAGUACCAUCUAAACGAGGUAGAGGACGAGGUCGACCUGCACCUAAAGCAAGGCUUAUCAAAGAACCAGAGUGUCUCACCAUAUCAUCGGAUGAAGAUGACCAAGGAGAAGGAAAAAUAAAGAAAUCUUUAGGAAGUAGUCAUCCUAUGUCAGCCAUUCCUGGUCACACACGCAAUCAGAUCGAGAUAGAAAUGAUUUCUGAAAAGGAACCAGUCAUUACUAACAACUCCGUUUCUAGUAUGAUCGGAUAUGAUAUUGGCCAGGAGGAAGGCAUUAAAGGUGGAGGCAGAGAGUAUGAUGCACACAACAUGGCCGAUGGUUCGAUUCAAGCACCGCAAACCUCUCUUAUAUGCCGGACGGUAAGGAUAGGAUCGUACAAAUAUAUUCCUCAAGAAAGAGUAAUCAUUUCACAAAGUGGUGUCAGAUUGGGAGUACCACUCCUAGAAGAUAACACGAAUUUUGUCCCCCUGGAAGUAAAAUUGAAAGAUAUUGUUAAGGUGCUUAUCCAUUUCGGCAAGGCAAUGCCUGUACUGUUUUUCUACACAACAACAAGUGCAGGAGGCAUGAUCCGAGAACUGUUAGGAAUGCAAGAUCCAAAAGGACCUUAUUAUGAUCCAGCAGGCAAAGAUCACACACUUAAACGGAUAACGCUCUUACCGGAAAAAAUAUCUGAUGAGGCCAAAAUAAUUUUGAAAACAUUAUUUCCAUCCAAUCAAUUACUUGAAGAAUUGAGUAGUAAGGAAGCCAACGAUAUUCUUGUAAAAGCUUCACCUAAGGAUAGCUGGCAAGUUCAGAGUAUGAUGAAAAAGUCAGGACAAACUACAUCCGCGGCUCAAAAUACUACAAACGGUGGAAUUCAAACAAUAAUGGUGUAUCCUCCACCACCAGCUAAAGGUGGGAUCGCAAUAAACACUGAAGAUUACGCUUGUCUAGGUGAAGAUCAGUUUCUCAACGAUGUCAUUAUUGAUUUUUACUUGCGAUAUUUGACUCUUGAAGUUUUGUCGGAGGAAGAUCAGAACAGAACACAUGUAUUUAGUUCGUAUUUUUAUAAAAGACUGACAAGUCCACACGCACCUGCCGCAGACACUGGUGUGCCACUUUCACCAGCUGCCAAACGUCAUGCCAGAGUUCAGAAGUGGACUAAAAAUGUGAAUAUAUUUGAAAAGGAUUUCAUCGUUAUUCCUAUUAAUGAACAUGCACACUGGUUCUUAGCCAUAAUUUGUUUCCCUGGUUUUGUGGGCAAAGUGCCAAUAAUUUCGUCAGUAUCAAAAGAGUGUGAAAAUAAAAAAAAAACCCAAAAGAGUAAAAAGGCGAAAGAGUUGAAGCUACAAGCUGUUACUAUUGGUAAUACAACAAUUACGCCUGUUACUGCAACUAUCACUUUGGACCCUGGUGAUGAAGGCUCAGAGAGAGAUGAAGCUGAAGGUGAUGAUGACGAAAUGGAAAUGGAGAGUGACGAUGAAGACGAAACUGAGGACGGCGAAACAGAAACCAAACCCCCUCAGAAGCCGCGUGAGCCAACGCCUGUACAGAACGAAAUUGUAAAACUUCCUUGUAUACUGAUCUUUGAUUCUUUGGCUGGGGCUAGUCGAUCCCGAGUCGUAGCGACAUUACGUGACUAUUUGAGCUGUGAAUACCUCGCCAAAAUGGGAACAGAACAAGUAUUUUCGAAAGACACCAUAAAAGGAGCCUCUCCCAAGGUUCCACAACAAUCAAAUUUUACUGAUUGUGGUGUUUAUGUACUGCAGUAUGUCGAAAGUUUUUUUAGUAAUCCCAUUAAAAAUUAUACUUUACCUAUAAAAACAUUGAAACAGUGGUUCGAGGAGAUCAUUGUGACUCGCAAGAGGGAAGAACUCUCAAAGUUACUAGUUAGAUUAAUGAAUGCAACCAAAGGAGAGAGGAAUAUCAUGCUACCGGUUCUAACAUUCCCGACUGCAGAGGGAAGAUUGCUUCCGAAAUCCGAAAAUAACCUUGAUAUUAAGACGUUAAAGUCCGAGGCGGAUAGUAAAAAAAAGACAACUUCCGAGAUAGAAAAUCGAAAUAAUUCUUCAACGUCUAUUGGACCAGAAGAGAACACGGAGAAAAUGGGGGAGGCCCUAAAUCGUAAUACAAACCAAAUCCUCGCUCAUUCUCCCCCAUCCAGUUUGAGUUCUAAUGAGAACAGCCAAACAGAUAUGACCACUGAUGGGAAGGCACCUACCAAAUCGAGUGCCUUGACCUACAUGAAGUUGAAACGGAUCAUAAAGUCGACACGAAUUCCAGAGAGUCAGGAUGACAAACAGACUACCAAGAAGCACAAAGGGGACUCAUUCGAAACCUGUAAAUAAAAGUUAUUUUUCGUUUUAUAUCAGUAAAAAUCUAACUUUAACCAAUAUUCAUAGAAGGAAGAGAGAAGUCCGUUUACCUAUGUAAUAAAGUAUGUAGUUAAUACAUCGUAAGGUCAAAUAAAUAUACAAAAUGCAAAUCUAAAUGCGUAUUUAAACUGUUGUAUAUGGGGCACUGGAUUUUGGGUGAUUCCGUAAUGUAUGGGCAUCAUACAUAUGUAGUUAAAAAAGGUAAAUCUUAUUCAUUAUGCUGACUAACAGUGACCAAGUGAUUGAUAACAGGAAUUCUGUCCUCUAAUUGUUAUCAAAUUUAUAUGAGUUACAUUUUAAUUGUUUUUAUGUACAACAAAAAACCUUUUUGUGAUGAAAAUCGUACCGUUGAUUACUUGUAAUUUCUUCUUUUACCCACGUGUUGGAAGUGGUAUAAUUUUGAGGUGACGCCCAAUGUGUCACACUGUGAAUAUGAUAUUUGUAAAAAAUGACGCGUAGAUUAAUAUAGAUGAGUCUGGUGCCAUUCAGAGCCAGGAAUAAUGUGCGCAUAUUUUUGGCGAUUGUCAAGCAAUUCGACUAAUCCAUUUCGUUGUAUACGGAAGUUUUCCGAUUGUCGAAUUUCAUUGACCGUCAGGCAUGAAUGUGGUGUUAGCAAAUACAUACAUACCUAUACAGAUUAUAUGCAUAUUACAUUUAUAGAACGUAUAAGCUGACACGUAGUUUACAGAACUAAAACUCAUGGAUAUAAUAAACUCUUUGGUAUAACUGCAUCAAUUUCACAGGCAAUAGAUAAUUUAUAUAUCACCCUGCGGUGUAAGGAAGCAUUCUAUUUUGCACGGAAAAAUGACUCAAAAUGUAGAUUUCUCCGAGUGGCUGUUCUAUACCACUACCAUAUCUAUAAACUGCAGGUGAAACUUUUACAUUGUUAGGAAAACCAAUGAUCAUACUUUGUGUAUUCGUAUUUGAAUACGUGAUGUCAAUAUGGAUAAAUGAUUAUGUAUAAUGAAACUGAAAUCUUUGAAAUAAUCAACUUUGUAUCCAAACAAUUUUCAUCCUACACAUAUAGCCACUUCUCGUUAAUUAAGCAAAGUAACAUGCUAUAUCAAUUGAUGGCGGCUACAUAUUACAUAUUACAUUGUAAGAUUCGUCUUAAAUUUCAAGAUUUAAUAUACCAUAAUUAUAAAUUGUCAUAGAGGUUCGCCGUUCCUAAACUAAGCCAUCAGUCUUUGAAUAUUUGCAAAGUUUUAGUUUAUUUUAAAUAACUAAAUUUAAUGUUAAUGUUUAUAACGCUGCUAAAGGAUAUUAGUAUAAUCAUUAUUACAGUAUCACUUAUGUAUGUCGAACUGCCAUUACAUGCUUGGCAUUUUCGAUACUACAUAGUUUUCUUAGGUAUUUAUUCCAUUUACUUAUAUGUCAUACUGUCAUUAGAAUAUUGAUUUACCACUUUGUUUUAUAUUUUUAUGUUUUCGUUUCUUCCUCUAUUCUUAGCGUUGCAAAUUCAAAUAAAAUUUUUUGCUUUAA